AAAAAAAAAAAAGGAAUAUAAUGCCAGUACUGAGUGCUCUCUCGCAACACAGGCGAAUAUAAACUGAGCCAAAAGAGGGAGGGAUAGAGCAAUUGGGUUUAUGAUUUAGAGAGAGGAGGAGCAAGGAGGAGGAGGUAGCCAGAACUGAAGCUUUCUUAUCCAAUUCUUAAGCGUUUUGCUCUAUCUGUUUCCCUAAAGAAGGCUUUAUUGAUCGGAUUGGAAUUUUUUUCAGCAACAUGUUGGAGGGUCCAUCCUAUCUCAUGCAGAGGGACUUGCCAAGCUCGUGUGAGCAAGACAGCACAUGGAUUUAUAAUGCUCUUUGUGUGAUUGAGCUCUCAAGCAGCAAGCACGUUAUCCAAACUGACCAACCAGAUGACCAAAAUUCCACUGGGAAUGGGUCAGAUUCCAGUUCUCUUAUCCACCAACUUGGUCGGGACAUAUCAAUUAACUGUCUUCUUCACUGUUCUAGGUCUGAUUAUGGCUCAAUCUCCUCACUGAAUCAUAACUUCCGGUCUCUAAUUCGGAGUGGGGAACUAUAUAGACUAAGGAGGGAAAUGGGUAUUGUAGAGCAUUGGGUUUACCUCUCUUGCAGCCUUCUUGAAUGGGAAGCAUUUGAUCCAAGUCAUCGCCGUUGGAUGCAUUUACCUAGAAUGCCUUCAAAUGAAUGCUUCAUGUGCUCAGACAAGGAGUCGUUGGCCGUUGGUACCGAACUUCUUGUUUUUGGAAAGGAAAUAACAUCCCUUGUUAUUCUUAGAUACAGCAUUUUGACAAACACAUGGUCAUCCGGUAUGAGGAUGAAUAAACCCAGGUGCUUGUUCGGUUGUGCCACUCUUGGGGAAAUUGCAAUUUUAGCAGGUGGUUGUGAUCCAAAUGCCAAUAUUCUAAAUUCUGCUGAGCUUUAUAAUUCAGAAACAGGAACUUGGGAGACUCUUCCAAGCAUGAACAAAGCGAGAAAAAUGGGCUCGGCCGUUUUCAUGGACGGGAAAUUUUAUAUUAUGGGUGGGAUUGGAGAGGGCAACUCAGAAUCGCUUACGUGCGGUGAGGUUUAUGAUAUGAAGACAAGGGUAUGGACUGUGAUACCUAACAUGUUCCCUGGAUGGAAUGAAGGGGCAGGGGUGACUGAGGCACCUCCUCUACUGGCUGUUGUAAAUAAUGUUCUGUAUGCAGCAGAUUAUGCACAAAAGGAGGUGAGAAGAUAUGACAAAGAGAGGAACUUCUGGUUUACAAUUGGGAGAUUACCUCAGCAGGCAGCUUCGAUGAAUGGUUGGGGAUUAGCAUUUAGGGCUUGUGGAAAUCGGGUAAUUUUUAUUGGGCCUAGGUUAGGCGGAGGGAUCAUCGAGCUUAAUUCUUGGGUCCCUGAUCAAGGCCCACCGCAAUGGGACCUGCUAGCCACAAAGCGCUCCUGCAGUUUUGUGUAUAAUUGUGCUGUGAUGGGAUGCUGAGGUGUCCGGUUGAGGUAUUAUGUUUGUACUGUGUGGAGUCAUUUCUGGAUGGAAUUUAUGCUCUUCAUUUUCAAGGAGAUGGGAUUCCAGCUUGUGAGUAAUCUCUGCCCUCCUAUUUUGGGGGAAAUGUUGGAUGUCAAUUUAGAGUCAUAGAUACUUUCUUAGAAGGUUGUCUGGAGGUUUGGUUUUCUUUUUCCCUUUUUUUCUCUUCUUCUCCUUUCCUAUAAUUGCUUCUUUACUUUCCCUGUAUGCUUUCGUUACCAUGAGACCUUUCCAAAAGUUGGCAUCAUGUAGAGGAGGCACAGGUGAAUAAUCUGAAGUCCUGCUAAAUGUUUUAGGUCGUGAUGACUGCUUAAGUAAAUUUUAUUCAGGCAUUAACAA